UCGAUUUUCGUGUAAGUGACUGAACGCAUGCGUCUGACAAUUUUCGGCCAUAUUGUUAUGACGCAUACAAGAUCAUAGGUCUCCGCCAGUGACGAGUCUUCUCGCAGUUGACGUGGCUACUACGUACCGUCCCGUUCGCCCACUCCGGACGCAGCAUAUACGGUGACGAGGAAUACGUAACUGGUGAGCCAAGUGGGCAUGGACGGAAUGGUGGAGGAGAACGGCACAAGUGGCGCGGGAGGCGUCUCGGACCCGCUGUCGGGCGCGGGCUCGUCCGCCAAUACCACACCUCAUGUAGUGACGAGCAUUGUGCAACUCACAUUACCAGCACAAGCCCCGUCUGCACAGGUCCAGUCAGUUAUACAACCCAAUCAACAGUCUGUGAUUCAAACUGCAUCCAACAUUCAGUCGGUGCAGUUACCUAAGGGAAAUGUUAUACUUGUUAGUAAACCUAACUCUGUCAUUCACACAACUCCCGGAACAUUACAAACUCUGCAGAUAAAACCAGAGCCAAACAGUCUUGUUGGUGUCCCGGGACAGUCAUGUAGUGAUGAAAGCAGUGAAGAAGAUAGUCCAAAAAGAGAAAAAUAUAGAGAAAUGCUAAGCAGACGACCAUCCUACCGGAAAAUUCUUAAUGACUUGGGAGGUGCUGAAAUUGCUGAAAAUCGCAUGGGAAUAAAACCAGGAUCUGAGAAUGAAGUGUCGCUGACAUCCUCUUUGUCAUUUGCACCAGUAAUUCCAGCUGGAGCGUUACAGACCGAAGGUGGGAUCCACACGUUGGCAGUGUCGGGGACGACAGCAGGUGGAGCCAUAGUUCAGUACGCCAACCAGGAUGGACAGUUCUAUGUGCCCGGACCUAUAUUAGAAGAUCAAACACGUAAAAGAGAGCUUCGGUUGCUAAAGAACAGGGAAGCCGCGAGAGAAUGCCGACGCAAGAAAAAAGAAUACAUAAAAUGUCUUGAAAACAGAGUAGCAGUUUUAGAAAAUCAGAAUAAAGCACUAAUAGAGGAGCUGAAGUCACUCAAGGAACUUUAUUGCCAGCAAAAAACAGAAUGAGGUCCAGCCGGCUAAACAGGUGUGCCACUGCUCCGCCGGUGAGAGCCCGAGGCACGCAAUGUCACAUUCGUCCGGUAUCUGAUUGAGGUACCACACAACUUGUCUGAGAUGAGGUGCACUCUAAAAUGCAGAUAAUGAACAGCAAGAGGUGACCCGACGGCAACAUCAUGAGCAUUGAAGUGUCUAUUUGUUGUUUUUCCUGGUUUCCCAAGCUUUUUUUUUUUUUUGUAAAUAAGUUUAUUUACAUUGAGUAUGCAGGUACUUUGUAAUUAUAAGAACCUAGUGACACUAGCUGCCAAUUAAUAUUAUUCAUUUAUAGAAUUAUAAUUUGAAAUUGUUGGAAUUUUGUUUCAAGUGAUGUGUUAUUGUUUGUAUAAUAAGUUGAUUUAUGGUUACUUAGAGGGUAAGUAUGGAUAUAUUUUUUCAUAAAAGAAAAAAAAAGAAAAAUAUUACUUAGUAUUACCACAGAUUGCUAAAUAAGUAUUCCACUGCAUAAUAUUAUGUAUACAUUUUAAUUUUAUUUUCGUUUUGUACUUGUUACCUACCAUGUUCCAUAAAUUGUUUAUAAUACAGAAAUACUUUCUUUAUCACUCUCUGGUUGUUGAGAAAACGAAUUAACAUCAUUAUAAUAUACAUUUUAGUAUGAUGGCGCAAACCUAAAUUGAUUGGUGUUAUUUAUAUCACCUUAUUUAAAUGUUAUGUUAUAAUUGUUAUUCAAUAUAUGGUAAAUCACCCAAUCAUUGGUAUUUUAAGCCAACGCCUUUACCCUAUACUUCGGGUAGUUUGCCCUAUAAUUUAUCAAAAUCUGCUUACUUUAUUGACCAUCGUCAAAGUGCCAUUUUUGGUGAUUAUAUGACAUUUUCAUUUUAAACAAAUUGUAUUUUCUGACGAUUUAAAUAUUUCGUAUGGAUUGGAUUGUGUUUUCUGCAUUUGAGUUUUUUAAUAAAUUGUUUGUAUUACUGUCAUCUUAUUGAUGAUGAAAAUGAAAGUAAUGAUCAAUAUUUAAUUAAGUAUUAUAAAUCUGAUCAUGAUUAAGAAUUUACACAUUAUGCAUUUACAUUAUCCAAUAAGAAUCAAUGUUCAAAGUCAAAACUAUUUGCUAUUCCCAAUAUGUUUGUAAUAAAUUUUAAUGAAAGGUUCUAAAAUCUGUAGGUUUUGUAAAAUCAAUAUAUACCUACUUUCCAGGCAUAUUAUGAUAUUUUAUUAUGUUACUACAGCUUAAGUUAAGGUAGAAAAAUUAUUUUCAUAUCCUCGAAAAACUAUACGAUCGUUCUGUAGUUAUAUGGGCGAAUUUGCGUUGGGCAUAGAGUUACCCUUAAAUUCAAUAAUUUUAAAACCUUUCC